AUGAAGAUUUCAACAGGAAAGUUGAUCUUGAUCUUGUUGAUCGUGCUGUUUGAAGGAUUCUUUGUAACGUCAGUAAAGGCCGGUGGUUAUUCCUCAGAGAAAAAACCAGGCAAGGCCGGCGGUGAAUCCUCAGAGAAAACAUCAGAGAAGGCCGCAGGUGAUGCCUCAGAGCAAACAUCAGAGAAGGCCGCUGGUGAUGCCUCAGAGCAAACAUCAGAGAAGGCCGAUGGCUCUUCCUCAAAGAAAUCGUCAGUAAAAGUCCCCUACGACUACUCAGCAAACAUCGAGUGCGUCAAGGAGCCGGAGAAACCUCUGUAUGGCGGCGGCAUCAUCAGUGCCGCCUCGGCCGGCGGCAAGAAGCUCGCCGCCCCGAUCAAGGGCUCCGUCCUCAAGGUCGACCUCAAGAAGGACCACCACUACGCGCUCUCCGCCUGGCUGAAGCUUUCCAAGGGCACCGGCGACAUCACUGCUAUCAUCGUGCCGCCUGACGGCAAGUUCAUCACCGCCGGCGCGAUCGUGGCCCAAUCCGACUGCUGGACCUUGCUCAAGGGUGGCGCCACCACCAGCUCCGAAGGCAAGGGCGAUCUCUUCUUCGAGACCAACUCGACCGCGGAGAUCAUGGCGGAGAGCAUCGCGCUGCAGGGUUUCAGCUUCGAGGAAUGGAAUGCUCACCGCGAGGAGGUUGUUGCCAAGGAGCGCAAGAAGAAGGUGAAGAUCACGGUGGAGUCCGGCGGCAAGCCGCUGGCGGACGCGGAGCUGUCGGUGGAGUGGGUGGCCAAGGGCUUCCCCCUGGGCAACGCCAUGACCCAGGAGAUCCUGGACAUGCCCGAGUACGAGGAGUGGUUCGCGAAGCGGUUCAAGUGGGCGACCAUGGAGAACGCGAUGAAGUGGUACAGCACCGAGUUCGAGGAGGGGCACGAGGCGUACGAGGUGGCGGACAAGAUGCUGGCGCUGGCGGAGAAGCACAACAUCUCGGUGCGCGGCCACAACGUGUUCUGGGACGACGAGAGCCACCAGAUGGACUGGGUGAGCAAGCUCGGCCCGGACAAGCUCAAGGAGGCCGUGGCGAGGCGCCUCAAGAGCGUGGUCACCCACUACGCCGGCAAGGUCAUCCACUGGGACGUGGUGAACGAGAACCUCCACUUCAAGUUCUUCGAGGAGAAGCUCGGCAAGGACGCGUCCGGGGAGAUCUUCAAGGAGGUGGCCAAGCUGGACCCCAAGCCCAUCCUCUUCAUGAACGAGUUCAACACCAUCGAGCAGCCCUGCGACCUGGCGCCGCUGCCGACCAAGUACAUCGCCAAGCUCAAGCAGAUCCAGGCCUAUCCGGGCAACAAGGGCCUCAAGUACGGCAUCGGCCUGGAGAGCCACUUCGAGACGCCCAACAUCCCCUACAUGAGGGGCUCCCUGGAUACGCUCGCGGCGGCGGGCGUGCCCGUCUGGCUCACCGAGGUCGACGUCACCAAGGGGCCCAAGCAGGUGGAGUUCCUGGAGGAGGUGAUGCGGGAGGGGUUCGGGCACCCGGGGGUGAAGGGCAUCGUCAUGUGGGCCGCCUGGCACGCCAAGGGCUGCUACGUCAUGUGCCUCACGGACAACAAGUUCAAGAACCUCCCCGUCGGCGACGUCGUCGACAAGCUCCUGGACGAGUGGAGGAAGGUGCCGGAGAAGCCCAUGACGGACGCCAAGGGCGUCUUCGAGGCCGAGCUCUUCCACGGCGAGUACAAGGUCACUGUUAAGCACAAGUCGCUCAAGGAGCCCAUCGUGCAGACGGUGGACCUCGACUCCACCAAGUCGGAGGCCACGAUCAAACUCAAAAGUACAUUAAUAAUAACUCCAGAAUCAAGUUAGUGAGAGGAAACAUCCACAAACAUGAUAAACCUUCAUCAGCGACUUUUGAAUUCUGCUUCCAUCUCCAGUUAGAACUUAGGAAUGUUUCAUCCUUUCAAGAUAAGAGUUCAUUUAAGAGGUUCUUUGACUGUAUUUAAUUUUCUAUAUUCUUUUGUUGGUUUAGCUUCUUAAAACACUCUU